AUGUUGCGGGAUACAAUAAAGCGAGCGCUCCCCGCGUCAGUGCGGCGCGCGGCUCGACGGGUCAUUCCCGCAAGACCAUUAAAACUCUUAAGUCAUCGACCCUAUGACCCUCACGAUGAAGAGGUCCUCCGGGGUCCGGAAUUGCCCGACAGCCUCGUUGACGAUUUACCGGAUCCUCCCACUCUGCCGCCAUCCUAUGAAAUCGAAGCCUCUGUAAAAGCGCUCGGUCUGCCCAAACACCAACAGUUUCAGAUACUUCAAGACGUGGAUGCAGUUAUGGGGCUAUUGACUGUCAGUCUACUCAGCAUUGUGGACGAUUCAUGCGACAUUUUAGCUCUUUCUUCGGCAAUUCGUUAUGGCUGCACCGAGGCUGCUGCAGCCAUUAAACGGCAUGAAGUUCCUCAGUCUGAGGAUGAGUUGGACCGUUUGAUGUAUGAGUCUCGGUGGAGGAUAAUCAACUCUGUGACUGCGGCUGCAAACAUUGUCCCCCUUGGGAAACAGGUGGAAGUGGCUGUUGCUGCGGCUGCUGCUAUCACAGAGGUAUCAUAUAACACUCUCCGGAAAACUGAAGAACAGGUGGGCAAGUUCUGCGGCUUCAUGUUUGGCGGGCCAAGCGCACGGCAUAGCAGGGAAUAUUGCUCAGCGUAG